AUGGCAGCCUGUAUGGACUCGCAACGGACGGGCUUGCGGGAGAGUCCGGCCGGUUCUCUAUCGCUGGAGACGAAGGUGGGAAAUCGGGAAGAAACACUUCUCGUUGAAGUUUCGAAAAAUGGCGUUUUUGAAUGUAAAGACAGAGACGUCGACGGCGAGUCUGCGAAAACGGGAGGCAAUGAGACGUGUGACGAAGAACUAGAACAACAAGAAGAGGGAGCAGAGAAAGGGGUCCAUAGAAAACCAGCUGAUGAAGAGCUGGACCCUCGAAUACAGGAGGAACUAGAGCACCUGAAUGAAGCCAGCGAAGAGAUAAAUCAACUUGAACUACAGCUAGAUGAAUCAAGGUCGAGCUACAGGAGGAUUCUUACUGAUUCAGCCAGGAAGCUUAAUGCACAAAGUUCUCAACUGGGCACCUGCAUUGAGAAAGCGAGGCCGUACUAUGAGGCCCGGAGAUUAGCUAAAGAGGCCCAGCAGGAGACCCAGAAGGCAGCGCUUAGCUACGAGAGGGCUGUUUCUAUGCACACUGCUGCACGAGAGAUGGUGUAUGUAGCUGAGCAGGGCCUUGCAGCAGACAGGACUCUGGAUCAAACCUGGCAAGAGAUGCUCAAUCAUGCCACAGCAAGGGUGAAUGAGGCAGAAGAGGAGCGACUGCGGAGUGAACGAGAGCACAUGCGUGUCACUCAGCUGUGUCAAGCAGCUGAGGCUCGAGUGCAAACCCUUCAGAAAUCUCUCAAGAGGGCCAUUGUCAAGUCUAAACCUUAUUUUGAGCUCAAGGCUCAGUUCAACAACAUACUGGAGGAGCACAAACUGAAGGUAAAUCAGUUAGAAGAGCGUGUGACUGAGGUAAAGAAACGCUACUCGAUCACUCUCCGCCGCCUGGAAAAAAUCAGCGAGGAGAUCCACGCCCAGAGAGGAGAGGACCAUUCAGAAGAGGGAUCUAGAAAAGCCUUUGAUGCGCGGAGUCCUCCCGUAGGAGCAGAGGCAGUCAGUACAAGGGCGGAAGAUGGACUCUAUGAAGUCCAAACCAAGUCAAAUGAUUGGGUGGAUGGCCAGGGAGGUGUGACUAAGACCAUGGAGUGGGUGGAGAGACAUAGAGAGUCUGGCUGGUGGGAGAGAGAUAAAGAGAAAAUGACUAGUGGAGAGGUAGCUGGUUCUGACUCUGUCUCCGUAAUCAGUUUUAAAACCAUUGCGUCUGACUUGGAAAAGUGUGACUCUGUAGAGCACCUGGGCCAGAUGAGCGACACUGUCAGUCUCUCAGGAGAAGAGGAGGAGAAGGGGAAAGAGAAGGAUGAAGAGAAAGGAGGCUUGAAGCACAAAAUGAACAAACAGCUGGACAUUUCAGGGAAGGAGAAGCAGGAGCAAUUCCUCAAACAGCACCAGAGGAGUGUGAGUUUGUGAGUGUGGAUGAUCUCUCCUGUGCUGAGCUGGAAGGGUAGGUUCAGUACUUUUGAAUAAAGUGCUUUGUCACAUAUGCAGCAUAAUGUCAUUCAUCCCAGACUCUGAUCCCAAUGUUUGGGUUUGUGUUGAGUAAUAUAGUAUAGCAGUGUCUUGUCACAAGACUACAGUGGAAGACUUUUUAGUCUGAUUUUAAAAGACGUUUAGUCCAGUUUAGGCUUUGUGUCCAGAAAACCAGCCCCCUGCCCCCGAAAUGUCCCUAAAUAAACAGCACAAAUCCCAGUAUGGCUAUUCAAGCAGUAAUUUACAUUUUAGAUAAUCAGUUUCUCAUAUUUGUUUUGAGAUUUGAGCAAUAUUAUUUACCUGUGUCACUUUUCCACAUCUGGGAGAAUAUGAGGCAGGUACAGAAUACAUUUUUAAGAAUCAGAUUAGAUAGAUUAGCUUGAGUUUUUGUAGAUAAUUGUGAUUAUUGCAGUUGGUGUAAUUGUAAAUAGGGUUUGGGAUUAACCCAGCCCAAGUCUAAAGAAUUGGAAUAGAGUAUAAUAAACUUUGGAAGUAAUUUUAAUGCAGUUUCAAACACAUCUUUUCCCCAGAUUAUUCAGAAUUUUCGUGUUGGCAGAAGAACUCUGCUACCAGAGUUUAUCUUUGCUGUUCGUAGUAACAGCAGAAUGUGUGAAUUAAUGCACUGAGGCUGGGUGAUAAUUUUGGUGUGUGUGUUUGUUUGUAACAAAAUGCAUUACCACAUUUUGACCAGUCUGGAAUGCACAGUGGGUGGACUAGCUGGUAUCUGAUGGGGAAAUAGUGCUGGAGGUUGGUUAAAUGCACUAAUUAGUGUAAAAUUGAGCUUUAAUGUAUACUGGCUGACCAAAGGUAUCAUGUACAGGAAAAAAGGUACUAAACUCUCACUGGGGUCGUUACACCUUCAGCGUGUUGAGUUAGGGAGAAUAAUUGUACCAUAAAAUAUAGUCAUUGUAUUUUUUAAGUUUAUUUACUUCAUAUAUCCUAUCUUGUCUCCAUGCUUUUUACUUUUUUUACUGACAUAUGUAAGGAACACGGUUGGGCCUUAAAACCGUAGUUGUACGUUUGAGGCUAUAUUUACAUUGUUUAUACCUGGAUGAAUGAAAAAUGUACCUGCAUAGUACCUUUAUUUCUGACCGUGUGUGGAAUCUUUAAUUAUAAUGGUUAAAACACUAUUCUGGUUAUUUUCAAAAUACAGAAUGCAGACCUAAUCAUCAGAGUAAAUGUUCGGGAUGAAUGACCGCAUCCUGUAGAUGUGGCUCUAAAGUGAUUUGCUUAAACAAAACCAGAAUAAUGAACCUGCCUGUGAUCUUCUGACAAUUUUAUUUGACACACUUUCUUUCACCUGAAGUUGUAUUUAAUGACUAAAGCAGUGCUUACCUUGUUGCCUUUUUGACAUGCGCCAUUUUUGUUUUUAUAUGUGUAUAUGUGUGUAUGUGUGUACAUGCACGUGCACACACACAUCUCUACAUACAUGCUGACAGAGAACAUACAGGAGGUAGACAAAAUUAUUACAAACUGACUGAUUUUGAAUGGUCUUAAAUAGCAAUCAAAAACAAUUUGCAUGUUACUAUUUCUGAUGGCAUUUAUAGUGUAGUUCUGUAUAUACUUUCUAUAUAUGGAUAUAUGUGUGCAUAUAUACACUUAGUCUCUGGUUCAUCAGCUGCAGUUACCUUGGACAUACAUUAAUUGGCCUUUAUAACAGAAACACCUACCGUACAGUAGAUAUUUGUAGAUAUCCACUUAAAUACUUCAGCCCAUCUGUUGCUGCACAAUCCAUUCCCCUCUGCUCUGUUUAUUAAUGGAAAGGGACCAGCAUAGGGACCACCCCAGACCACUCUUUAUCUAGCAGUUAAACUAGCCUGGUAGCAGUAUGGUGGUAUAUGUGGCGUUGGUAUGAGUGCAUAGGGUCUUUAUGUAUGUCACUGUUAUGUGUCACUGCUAAAAUCAGAGUGGUCCAAGCCCCAAAAACAUCUAGCCAAGACAAGCUCAGUGGCCAGACGCUGACCACUUAUGAAGGGCUACAGGAUUAUUAACACAGUGUGUGAAUCAAUAGAUGAGCUGCAAAGAAGUGGCCGGUAAAUAUACAAUACAUGUAAUUAGGUAUAACUUUAAUAUGCCAGCAUGCAAAUCGUCAUGUUCCAAAAAUGGAAAAACUGUAAAAAGAUAAUUAUGAUUGCUAAUUGAAACACAUUGACCAGGGUAGGCGGACACUUAUGUGACAUAGCUGCUAAAAACCAGUAAUUAGCUGCUACUAAACCCAAUUUACACCUCCUUAGCCCAGACGAACUGCGUCAUGGGUUGUGUGAAGCGGAUAUCUGUUAUCUUUGCCAUUUGAAAACUGUCUAAGCAAGUUUUAUAGCUGUUUGAAAGGUGUGUGUAUAUAACAGCAUUCCAAGGAAAACAGCAUUCCAAGUUUUAAAAGCAAAGGUGCAUUUAUUAUAAUCAUAUUUUGCUGAUGUUCUUCUUUUGUUCACCCUUUUUUAUACUCUAAUUCUGACAAGAUGGCUAUUCAAGCAGGCUUGUUUUCACUGACAAUAUUAAAACAGGUUUACAAGCACUACUGUACCUUUUUAAGAAUUCAGUUCAUGCAGCAUAGCACGUUCCAUGUUUUUUUCUGGAUAGGAAUGAGGGCAUGCCAUUCACAAGCAUACAUACACAGGCUUUUAAACACUGUCCGAAAUAAACCUUCUACAAACACUGACACAUAGAAAGGUAAUGAUUAAUGUGAUCAGUGGUCAUUGCUUGUGUUUCCUGGUUCCUGAACUCAUGUCCAAUUCUGCCAUUACCAUCCUUAUAAAUGAUGUCUGCCUUAAAUGACUCUGAUUUUGCUGUGUCUGAUUGUAGACUGUAGAUGAUAUCCUAACCACUGACUAUUAGAUUCUUCUUAUUAUUAUUAUUAACCUAUAUAGUUUGUUUAAAUUAGUUGAAUAAUGUAAAGGACCUACGCUGCAAACUGGAAUUCAGCAUGUUUUAAAUGACAGUUAGUGAGGAACCACAGAACGUGCUUCACAUUAGGCUGUAAGCAGUUGUUUUGCUUGCAUCUUUACAUUCACUUAAGCUUUUACGAAUUGGUUUAGUAAUUGUGUUCAAUAAUGACUGCUUCUUUUUUUUGUUCUGAGGAACUGAUUUCGCUGUAUUGUUUCUUCGCCUGAAGAUUAGAUUUGUAGAAACAGAAUCUUUGUUCUGUUUAUAUUUGUAUACUGUGAUAUUUUCAGUGAUGUUAUGAAUCAUCUGAGUGUUUACAAUGCAAUUUUCAUGCUGUGAUUGUUUAAGAUUCUUAUAGUAUAUUUUCGAAUUGAUUCUCCUUUCUGUAUAUGCUAGAUAUUUGUCCUUGUUUUGAAAUGUUUUCCCUGCUUAUUUUGAACAAAUUGUCUAUGCGUUUCAUUUUGAUUGCCACUUCUGUGACAGAGUUGAAGGAUUGUUCUUUAUGAAGAUGUGCAUGAAGGUUGCUUAUGCAGUGUUUGAUGGAACAAUAAAUUACUUGGCUGUGUAAA